AAUUUCACAUUAUUGUGUAUCACCUCGAUGUAGGGGGUCGAAUCCGAUCAAAAGCUCUCCGUUUUUAUAUAUAUAUUUUUUUUGCACUAUUCAUCAACCCACUCACGUCAAAAAAAAUAAGAUAAAGAUUAUAAGAUGAAAAAUUGAACUCUCAUCGAUAAGUUAAAGUUUACGGUAACUGAUAGAAUUGUUGAGUUUUCCUCUCUCAUCAAAAGAAAAACAAACAAUAAAUAAGUCGGACGUAUGAAUUCUUGUUUAUUUAGGCUUAAAUUAUCAUCACAACACCAAGUAAAAUGAAAGAAAGAAAAGUCCUCCAUAAUUUAAAAAGGUGAUGUCAUUUUCUUAUUUAUGACAUCAUUUUACUCCUAUCUCAUUUUCUAACUUGGCUUAUAAAUAUACCCUUUGUUCACUUCAUCUUAGAGCACCCCAAGUACUCUCUUCUUAAGACUAUUUUCCUUUUAUACACAUUUCUACAAAUAGCAAAAAAAAAUGGAGUCUACCAUAUCUUCAUCCUCAUCUCGCUCCAUCUCGCCGUCGUCUUCGUCUUCUCCUAACUCUCCACCACCACCAGCGUCAGUGACACCGGUGGUGGUGGUCAGCCCUUGCGCCGCCUGUAAGAUAUUACGGCGGCGCUGUGCUGAAAAAUGUGUGUUGGCACCUUAUUUUCCGCCAAGUGAUCCUAUCAAGUUUACUACUGCUCAUCGUGUGUUUGGUGCUAGUAAUAUUAUCAAGUUCUUGCAGGAAUUACCAGAAUCUCAAAGAGCAGAUGCUGUAAGCAGCAUGGUGUAUGAAGCAAAUGCUAGAUUGAGGGAUCCUGUAUAUGGUUGUGCAGGGUCAAUUUGCCAACUACAAAAGCAAGUAAGUGAUCUCCAAGCACAAUUGGCUAAGGCACAAGCUGAGGUUGUCAACUUGCAAUGCCAACAAGCUAAUCUUAUGGCAUUAAUUUGCAUGGAAAUGAACCAAUCUCCACAAGCAUCACCACCACAACAAUCUUUGGAUAAUUUCAUCAAUACCCCAUUUCAUCAACACUUUCCUAUGAGCUUCUUAGAUGACAAUAAUAACUUUGGAUCAGUGUUGGAGACCCUUUGGACAUGAUGAUUAAAGGGUUAAAGCGCUCUCUACCAACAAAUUUGUCAAUUCUAACUCAGUUCCUAGAUAAUUUCACUGAGUCAGCUAAAUUUUGAGUACAAUAGUAAAAAGAGAAAAAUCCCGAAUAAAAUUUAUUUUAUGUUAUAUUAUAUCUUAGUAAAAGUAAACUGAAUUGUAAUAUAAGUUGAUCCAAAUCCUUAAGGAUUUGUAUCAAUGAAUGGUCAAGAAAUUUAUAUUUUUAUUUCUGUAAUAUGAUUCUGCUACACAUGUAACCAAUGCUAAUUAAUGAGAAAAAUGGAUGGUAUUCUUCUCCUCCUAUAAAGGAAAAUUUGAUGGUCA